AUGUUUGUAGUGGCCUCUGAGGCUAUUCAAGAGAUGAAUGCAGAUCUUCUCUCAUGCCUAGUUGAGCUAUCCUUUCAUCGAGCCUCUAUUGUCUUUUCGUUGCAAAAUCUCUGCUACCGGUGUUUCACUGGCAUAUGGCCCCUUGGCGUUCAAGAUGCUGUCCUUGUGGAUAGAAGCCUCAAAAGCUCAGCCUGCGACCUUCUUCUAUCACGAGCGCCCACAGACCUGGACCAUACUCCUGAAGCACUGAGGGUAUUGCUGUGUUUACUGGAUUGCGCUAAAGAGAAUACAUUGCAAGGAAAAGCUCUUGCCAGUGGAUCUAUAGAGGCAUCUCUGGAGUCAUUCACGAAGGUUCAGAUGAGACGCGCGCUUGCAUUAAGAACUGUUUUGUGUCGUUCGCAUGAUUACAGAAUAGAACACACUACUCUUUCUGAGGUGGCACUAAACUUAUCAAUAGGCCAGACGGAGAGCAGCAUAAUGAGUUCUAGAGUCAUGCUGUUUAGCCUGAUGGGGGAAAUUAUCAACUACUGCAACGGGACAGGCUCUAUGAGCAAAGGUGUUGUAAGUAUUCAAAGCCUCGGUUAA